AUGAGAUACUUGGGCUCUUUGCUCGAUAAUGGGCUAUCGAUUCUCCUCGCAGAUAGCAGAGAUAUCGCUGCUGCACCAAUGCCAGUACCGAUCCAGUGGUCUGCAACUGAGGAGGAGAGACCGAACGGGAUUGGCGGAGCCUCCAUCUCCACAUGUCCUCCUGAUAGACGCUCUCGUGGAGUGACAUUCAUCUGUCAAGAGUUUAUGUCCGAAAUUGCCGGCUCCUGUCGGAUCGUGCCACUGAAACGUCACUACAACAUUACUUUCGAGCAGCUGAUGUGA